GGCGCGGGCGGCGGGCCCCCCAGGAGGGGCGACGGGCAUCAGGCCCCCAGGCGGGAUGACGGGCGCCGGGCUUCCAGGCAGGGCGGCGGGCGCCGGGCCCCCAGGCGGGGCGGCGGGCGCCGGGCCCUCAGGUGGGCGGCGGGCGGCGGGCCCUCAGGCGGGCGGCAGGCACCGGGCCCUCAGGCGGAGCAGGGCAGGCACCGGGCCCCCAGGAGGGGUGGCAGGCGCUGGGCCUCCAGGCGGAGCGGCAGGCACCGGGUCAUCAGGCACAACAACGGGGAUCGGGUCACCAGGCAUCAGGUCAUUUGGCUCGCCAGCGGGCACCGCGUCAUCUGGCAAGGCAGUGGGCACCGAGUCACCAGGCACGACAGUGGGUUCCGAGUCAACUGGCAUGACCACAGGCACUGGGUCAGACAUUGGAUCGUCUGGCUCGACAGCGGGCAUCGGGUCACCAGGCAUCAGGCAUCAGGCUGAAUGGAGGCAUCAGGCUGGGUAGAGGCAUCAGGCUGGGUAGAGGCAUCAGGCUGGGUAGAGGCAUCAGGCUGGGUAGAGGCAUC